GUAAAAGGGAUCGCAGCAACCUCCCGCCAAACCCAAACGAAGGGUUUAAGCAUUCACUCACUCUUCUCCCCAAACCCUAACUCUGCAUUCUCUACCAUCCUCCAUCCCCUUCCCCGAUUUCUCUUUCCAACACCAAACCACAGAAUCCCAACCCCACACUCAACAGCGACAAUGAGUUUCGCGGCCUACAAAAUGAUGCACUGGCCGACCGGAAUCGAGAACUGCGCCUCCGGCUUCAUCACACAUUCCCGUGCUGACUUCACGCCCCAAAUUCCAAUAAUUCAGACCGAUGAUCUUGAAUCCGAGUGGCCAGCCAGGCGCGGGAUAGGUCCAGUUCCUAAUCUCAUCGUCACAGCUGGUAAUGUUCUAGAAAUCUAUGUGGUUAGGGUACAAGAAGAGAACAGCAGGGAAACCAGAGAUUCUGUCGAAGUGAAGCGUGGUGGUGUGAUGGAUGGUGUCUCCGGGGUUUCUCUCGAGCUCGUUUGUCAUUACAGAUUGCAUGGUAAUGUAGAAUCGAUGGGUGUACUUUCUGUUGGAGGGGGUGAUAGUUCCAGAAAUAGAGAUUCUAUUAUCUUGGCGUUUAAAGAUGCAAAAAUUUCAGUCCUGGAGUUUGAUGAUUCAAUUCAUGGACUUCGAACAAGUUCAAUGCACUGUUUUGAGGGUCCAGAGUGGCUUCAUCUGAAAAGAGGCAGAGAAUUGUUUGCAAGAGGACCUCUGGUAAAGGUUGAUCCUCAAGGCAGAUGUGGUGGCGUUCUUGUUUAUGAUUUGCAAAUGAUAAUACUUAAAGCUGCUCAGGCUGGUUCUGUGUUGGUCGGAGAGGAUGAUGCUUUUGGUACUGGAGGUUCAAUUUCUGCUCGCAUCGAGUUGUCUUAUAUUAUAAGUUUACGUGAUUUGGACAUGAAGCAUGUGAAAGAUUUUAUGUUUGUGCACGGUUAUAUUGAGCCUGUGAUGGUUAUCCUUCAUGAGCGAGAGCCUACUUGGGCCGGGCGUGUCUCGUGGAAGCACCAUACUUGUAUGAUUUCUGCCUUUAGUAUCAGCACAACCUUGAAGCAGCAUCCCCUCAUAUGGUCUGCAGCUAAUCUCCCACAUGAUGCUUACAAGCUAGUUGCAGUUCCAUCUCCAAUUGGUGGUGUUGUUGUCAUUUGUGCAAAUACAGUUCUUUAUCACAGUCAGUCAACCUCCUGUGCACUGGCUUUGAAUAGUUAUGCUGUCUCUGUUGACAACAGUCAAGAGCUGCCAAGGUCAAGCUUCAGUGUGGAACUUGAUGCUGCUCAUGUAACUUGGUUAUUAAAUAAUGUAGCCUUGCUGUCAACAAAGACUGGAGAACUAUUACUCCUGACCCUUAUUUAUGAUGGACGGGUUGUGCAGAGACUUGAUCUUUCCAAGUCUAAAGCUUCAGUACUCACUUCGGACAUCACAACUCUUGGGAACUCAUUAUUUUUCUUGGGUAGUCGAUUGGGAGAUAGUUUGCUUGUGCAAUAUACCUGUGGAUCAGGAUCCUCCAUGUUGCCAUCUGGUUUGAGGGAAGAGGUUGGGGAUAUUGAAGGUGAUGAGCCUUCAGUAAAGCGAUUGCGAAGGUCACCUGAUGGUUUGCAAGAUAUGAUUAGUGGUGAUGAGCUCUCCUUAUAUGGUUCAGCUCCCAACAAUACUGAGUCAGCACAGAAGACUUUCUCAUUUGCAGUUAGAGAUUCAUUGGUUAAUGUUGGUCCUCUGAAAGACUUUGCAUAUGGCUUGAGGAUAAAUGCUGAUCCAAAUGCAACUGGAAUUGCCAAACAAAGUAAUUAUGAACUGGUUUGCUGCUCUGGUCAUGGAAAGAAUGGUUCCCUCUGUAUUCUUCGGCAGUCAAUUCGUCCAGAUGUGAUUACUGAGGUUGAAUUACCUGGUUGCAAAGGAAUUUGGACAGUUUACCACAAGAGUACGCGAACAGCUGCAGCUGAUGAUGAAUAUCACGCAUAUUUGAUCAUAAGUCUUGAGACUCGCACUAUGGUACUUGAAACAGCUGAUCUUUUGACAGAAGUAACUGAAAGUGUAGACUAUUACGUACAAGGAAAAACGGUUGCUGCAGGAAAUUUGUUUGGGAGGCGUCGAGUAAUCCAGGUUUUUGAACAUGGUGCUCGAGUUCUUGAUGGCUCUUUUAUGACUCAAGACCUGAAUUUUGCAUCUUCUGAGUCGAGCUCUGGUUCUGAAAAUUCCACGGUGUUAUCUGUCUCAAUUGCAGAUCCUUAUGUAUUACUAAGAAUGACUGAUGGAAGUAUCCGACUUCUUGUUGGAGAUCCUUCUAGUUGUACCCUUUCUAUAAAUAAUCCAGCAGUAUUUGAAGGCCCAAAAAAGUUAGUAUCUGCCUGUACACUGUAUCAUGAUAAAGGGCCAGAGCCAUGGCUACGUAAAGCAAGUACUGAUGCAUGGCUUUCUACCGGCAUUGAUGAGGCCAUUGAUGGUGCUGAUGGUGGGCCACAUGACCAAGGCGAUAUAUAUUGUGUUGUUUGUUAUGAGAAUGGUGCUCUGGAAAUAUUUGAUGUGCCAAAUUUCAAUUGUGUUUUCUCUGUGGAUAAAUUUGUAUCUGGAAGAACCCACCUUGUUGAUUCCUGCGUUCAAGAAUCACCUAAAGAUUCUCAUAAAGUGAUUAAUAAAAGUUCUGAAGUAAUAGCCAGCCAAGUCAAGAAAGAAAAUAUCCCAAACAUGAAGGUUAUUGACUUGGCCAUGCAGAGAUGGUCUGGAAAUCAUAGUCGUCCAUUUCUUUUUGGAAUACUGACUGAUGGAACAAUACUUUGCUACCAUGCUUACCUAUUUGAAAGUCCUGAUAGUACUUCCAAGGUUGAGGAUCCAGUUUCGGCACAAAAUUCUGCCAACCUCGACAGCAUUCCGGCUUCUAGAUUCAGGAAUUUGAGAUUUAUUCGUGUCCCUGUAGAUGCACACAUCAGGGAGGAGACAUCAAAUGAAACCCCAUGCCAAAGGAUUACCAUUUUCAAGAAUAUCAGUGGCUAUCAAGGAUUUUUCCUUUCUGGAUCAAGACCUGCUUGGCUCAUGGUAUUUAGAGAACGGCUUCGAGUUCACCCACAGCUAUGUGAUGGAUCUAUUGUGGCAUUCACUGUUCUUCACAAUGUAAAUUGUAACCAUGGGUUCAUAUAUGUUACGUCACAGGGAAUUUUGAAGAUUUGCCAGUUGCCAUCUGCAUCAAACUAUGAUAACCAUUGGGCAGUGCAGAAGAUUCCGCUAAAGGGCACUCCACACCAAGUUACUUACUUUGCUGAGAGGAACUUUUAUCCACUCAUUGUUUCAUUUCCUGUUCAUAAGCCAGUCAAUCAAGUUCUUUCAUCUUUAGUUGAUCAGGAAGCUGGCCAUCAGAUUGAUAAUCAUGGUUUGAGUCCUGAUGAGCUGCAUCGUAAUUACCCUGUGGAUGAAUUUGAGGUUCGGAUUUUGGAACCAGAAAAAUCAGGUGGAUCUUGGGAAACAAAGGCUACAAUUCCAAUGCAAAGUUCAGAAAAUGCUCUUACAGUACGAGUGGUCAUGCUGUUAAAUACAGCUACAAAAGAGAAUGAGACACUUUUGGCUAUUGGGACUGCUUAUGUUCAAGGGGAGGAUGUUGCAGCAAGAGGACGCGUUCUUUUGUAUUCUGUUGGAAGAAAUACCGACAAUCCCCAGAACUUGGUUUCGGAGGUUUAUUCUAAGGAGCUGAAGGGUGCCAUAUCUGCUUUAGCCUCACUUCAAGGUCAUCUCUUGAUUGCAGCUGGUCCUAAGAUUAUUCUACACAGGUGGACUGGUACUGAGUUAAGCGGCAUUGCAUUUUUUGAUGCUCCACCAUUACAUGCUGUGAGCUUAAAUAUUGUCAAGAAUUUUAUCCUCCUUGGUGAUGUUCACAAGAGCAUAUACUUCCUUAGUUGGAAAGAACAGGGAGCUCAACUUAGCUUAUUGGCAAAGGAUUUUGGCUCCCUCGAUUGUUUUUCAACUGAAUUUCUGAUUGAUGGAAGUACACUUAGUCUCAUGGUUUCUGAUGAACAAAAGAAUAUUCAGAUAUUCUAUUAUGCACCGAAGAUAUCUGAGAGUUGGAAGGGACAGAAGCUUCUUUUAAGGGCUGAAUUUCAUGUUGGUUCCCAUGUCACCAAGUUCUUGCGGUUGCAAAUGCUUUCGACUGCAUCUGAUCGAACCAGUGCAGCUCCCACUUCAGACAAAACCAAUCGCUUUGCCUUGUUAUUUGGUACGUUGGACGGCAGCAUUGGUUGUGUUGCACCUCUUGAUGAAAUCACAUUUCGGAGGUUGCAAUCUCUACAGAGAAAGCUUGUUGAUGCUGUUCCACAUGUGGCUGGCUUGAAUCCAAGGUCUUUUCGCCAGUUCUGUGCAAAUGGAAAGGCUCACAAGCCUGGCCCUGACAGUAUAGUUGACUGCGAGCUACUUUGCCAUUAUGAGAUGCUCCCAUGGGAGGAUCAGCUUGAAAUUGCUAACCAGGUGGGGACAACUCGUUCACAGAUUCUCUCAAAUUUAAAUGAUCUUACUCUGGGAACAAGCUUCUUGUGAAUGCUGCUAUUGAAACCGAGCGUCUCAAAACCAGAGGAUGCUGAGUCCACUUUAUCUACGGAAAAUCAAUGUACAAUCUUUGUAUCUUAGAAUUAGAAUUUGGUUUCUUGUAGUAUGAGACUGACUGACUGCUAACAACAACGCUGCACUGCAACAUGUUCAGAUUUUGACUUGCUUGCCCCAAGAUUUUUGGGACACAGUACAGGUGACAAAGAUCCUUUUGCUAGCGAGAAUUUGUAAUCUCUUUAGUUUCUUGAUUUAUUCAUGUAAAGAGCAUAUAAGUGAAUUUCUG